UGGUUGUCCUUUGUUUGUUGUUGUCUUUUAUAGAUGUCACAAAUGCCAUCAAGUACGAAUAGUGUUCGGCAGACCAGAGCCAGCCAGUUGCGGGCCUUCAAAAUUAACCAAUUGGCGACGAAUCAUGAGAGCUCUGCGUCGGCAACUCCUGCUCGAUCGCGGAUGUCGUCGCCUCGUGGCACUACAGGAGAGUCCUGUGCCACACGCAUUGACUCAAUGCCCAAGCCAGUAUUGGACUCCUCCUCGUGCCAGAGUCAGAACCCUGCCCAAGAGCCCAAGACAGAUGCAGACAAGCCAGCAUCCAAGAGCAGCCCGGCUGAGCAGCCGUUCCGGAGUCUCGCAUGGAAGAAGGACCCUGCCAUUGAGCGACAAUUCAAUAUGCUGAAAUGCAUUCAAUCGGAGUUUGUGCAAACAUUGGAGUUUCUGGAACCGCACGAGUCCCGGUUGCUGGGCAGCUACAAAUUUCUGCCCCUCGCUAUCAAUGACAGAAGCAAGUGGCUGGUCAAAAAAGUUGAUUCGAUACUGAGUUUGCACACGGAAAGUGUGCAGGAUCUGAAGAAUCGCUGCCAGGCUGCCAUUGAAGCGGGCUUCAUGUUGCUCUACGAACAACUGGAGGGCGUUCAGUUGGCCAACGAUGAGUUCGCUGCAUCCCAGCAGAAACAUAAGCUUCUGGGCCAGAUGAAAUGUUUACUGAGCCGACAAAUGGACACCAUCGUGGAGAACAUCGAUCUGGUGUGUGGAGUAACCCUCGGGCAACAGUAUGCGUUCAGGCAGCACUUGUACCGCGAGAUAGACAAGCUGCACAAACAAAAGGAGCUCACGGAGGCACAGAUCCUAUGUAUUACCAAGAGUCACAGCGAGCAGAUGAAUCGCCUGCAGCUGGAGCUCGAGGAUAAGCUGAAGGCGCAGCAGGAAAGGAUGGAGGAGCAGCAGCAGGAAAAGCUAAAGGAGCCGCAGCAAAGGGUGCAGGAGGUGCUGUGUGACUGUCAGGCACAACGGGACGAGCACGAAAAUCAGCUAAAAAUACUGAAUGCAUCCCUAAAGAGUAAGAACAGCACCAUCGAAUCGGUAGUGGCUGAAUCGAAAAAGCAAAUGGCACUCAAUGCGCAUCUGGAGCAGCUAUUGGCGAAGGCGACUGCUGAGCUGCUGGACUCACGGAAAGAUCUCGACAAUAGCAAGGAGCUCAUCGCGUUACUGGAUCGGGAUCUAAAGGAGGAGCGCGAAUAUUCAGCGACUGUCAGGGCAGCUAAGCCUCAGCAGCCCAAGUACUUCAGUGUGCAGCAGAUUCUCUCCGAUCUGAAGAAUGUCCAGACGCAGCUGGACAAGUACCAGAAGCUGGCGGGCGAGCUGAGGGUAAAGACGAAGGCCGACCAACUGAAGAUAUCCAGCUACACCGAAGAAAUCAAAAGCUAUCGGUGGAAGGCUGCUGAAAAACAAGAAGCUUAUCGCAAAAUUGUCUUGGAAGCAGCGGCCAAGGAAGAGCAGUUGAAGCAGCUGAAAAUGAAGGAGCAGCAGCUGUCCUAUGGCUAUGAGAAAAUGAUCAAACAUGAACAGCAAAUCCGACGCCUGGAGCGGUUCAAAAAACAUUCCGUUAGGGAAAGUGCACGAAUCGCAAUGGAAAGGGUCAAGCAGCAGGAAGCCCAGCGGGAUGGGCAACACAAAAUUGAAAAACUAACCCAGGAGCUUCAGCAAUUUGUAGAUUUUAUUCUUUACAAGGGUAAAGCUCCAGCUGUAAUUGAAGGUCUCAUUGGUGUGUGCAGCAGCUGCAGUUGCAUACAUCAAAAGAAACUGGAUCCGCAGACACGUAAGGAGAUUCUGGCACAAAUUGAAGCAUCGCAUGGCAUCUCCUUCAUCAGGUGCUGCACGACCAACAGCAGCAGCACCAGCGAAUAUGCUUUGCCAGCCUGUACAGAGAUUCCAGAUUCCGCAAGAGAUUAGCCAAGAGCUUUUCCCUGUAUAAUCCUCGGCAAUGCAAUUCUCUGCACACUGAAUUCAGAGUUCUUCAGACAUUAUUCGACACAUUCUUAAAUUGUCUAAAUUUCUUGUUAUAUAAUUGCUUAUUUUCU